ACUAAUAUGUCCAGAUCUAGGGGAUUUGAAAUAAGAGAAGGGUUACGUUCUCAUAAAAAGCAUAAAGAAAAUAAAAAUGAAAGUGAGACUUCUGAUUCUUCUGAACGUGAACAAAUAUGUGAACUUUUAUAUAAGCUACCAAAACUGGACAAGAUUUUUGAAGUGCACCGAAAGAUAGGAGAAGGAACAUUUAGUUCAGUGUAUUUAGGCUCACUGAGACAGCAUUCAUCUUUGCUAGACAAAGACAAGCGUUGGUUUGCCAUAAAACACUUGGUACCUACUGCACAUCCAGCUCGGAUUGAACACGAGUUAAGGUGUCUACAGGACAUAGGAGGCAAACAUCAUGUGAUUGGAGUGGAGCUCUGUCUUCGUAAUCUCGACACUAUUGUAUUUGUAAUGCCCUAUCUACCUCAUAAAAAGUUUUCUGAGUACGUGGGCGACAUGGACGCGGCCGAGCUGCGCGAGUACAUGCGCGCGCUGCUCGAGGCGCUCCGGCACGUGCACUCGUUCGGUGUCAUACAUCGAGACGUCAAACCCAGUAACUUUUUGUACGAUCGAGAAAAUAGGAGAUAUCAAUUAGUAGACUUCGGCCUGGCUCAGCGACUGGUCCCCGGCACCGACGAGGAGCCCCCGGCGCCCCCCCGGUCCUCGGCCCCCCGCAAGCGUCCCCGGGAGGCCGAGGGCGCCACACCGGAAGCGAAGCGACUCGCACUUGACCUCUCACUGAAGACUAACGCUAGCAAAAUAUCUAUUGUUGAAACUAAUCCCAUGCCGCUGUCUCCUAGAAGCAAUGUCAAGAGAGCGGCGCCGUGCGCGUGCGCGGGUCGCGGCGCGGUGUGCGGCGCGUGCAGCGUGCGCCCCCCCGCCCGCGCCCCCCGCGCCGGCACGCAGGGCUUCCGCCCCCCCGAGGUGCUGCUGCGGUACGGCGCGCAGACCACCGCCGUGGACACGUGGGCGUGCGGCGUCGUGCUGUGCUCCGUGCUCACCGCGCGCUACCCGCUGCUGCGCGCCGCCGACGACCUCGCCGCCCUCGCCGAGCUCGCCGCGCUGCUCGGCACCCGCCCUCUGCAGCGCGCCGCCGCCGCCCUCGGUCGCCGUUUGAUCACAUCGUCCCCCCGGCGCGGGCUGUGUCUCCGCAAGCUGUGCGCCCGCCUCCGUGGUUGUCCCCCCCCGGCUCCCGCGGCGCCCUCCCCCGGCCCCCGGGUCCGCGCCCCCCGCCCCCUCCCGGCGGCGUCGUGCCUGCACUGUCGGUGCCUCACGCACGAGUGUAUUUGUCGAGACGAGGAUAAAGACGCCGCCGCGGUGUCCCCGGGCCGCAGCGUGGCGGGGUUCCCGGACAGCGCGUUCUCGCUGUGCUGGCGACUGCUGCAGCCGCUGCCGGCGCACAGGCUCUCCGCGGAGCAGGCCCUCCAACACGAGUUCUUCAACUCCUGACCACUCCACCGCUGCUGCUGGAGUUACAUAUAUUGCGCACACAAGCGCCGCAUUAGUUAGAUUGUUAUUUAAUAUUUUACUGUUAAUUUAUUUAUAACACAGAAGUACCGAGCGAGCCGAGCGCGGCGCGGCAUCGCCGACACCGCGAGAUUUCAUUUUCGAACCAUUUUCUUUAUUGAAAAUGUUGUCGUUCCCGACAUUUUUAAUGAAGUAAAACCGGUUCCAAUAAACUGCCACAGCCGGAGGCGGCGGCUCGUCAGUAUCUCGAAAACAAAUCAAAAUGUACAUGGGUCGGCAAACAGACUAAUUAGUGGUACUAAAAUGUUUUGCCUCUUGUUUAUUUAUCGCAUUGA